CGAGAACCAAGAGUCACAUCACUAGAGAAUCCAUGUUUUACGACCUUCAUCAUCACUCUCACGACUUGCAUUAACUCAGGAAGCGUUCCUUCAGGUCUUCUGCCUAGCUUUCAUGAGGUAUAAGUACAGACACAUUUUCAUUGAGCUUUCUUUGCUUCCGUGUAAACAUCCUCUUCCUUCAAGCAUCUAGCUUAUUCCUUCACUGUACUGUUGAUCUUUCACUACAGGUGCAUCAGGUGCAUCUCAGUUGUUCUAUAGGACUGCCUUUUGCUACCAUGUCCUCUUCCGUUGUGACAGACACUCUCCAUUCCGUAACGUCUACCAAGAUUGAGGAACUGAAGAGGCAGCAUGAGCUAUUUGAACGCUUCAAGAGCCAAACGCUGCGUAAGUUGGAAGUGAAUGACAACAAACUCGACCGUACCAGAGAGUUGCUCUACGACGCUUGUCGAGAUGACGGAAUUCGAUUGAUCGAAGAUGAUGCUCUCUCGAAAGUAAACCCAACUAGGCGUCAAAAUCAGCAAUUACUGUUACGCCAGGCGGAAAAGGACACGGCCAUUCCAGCUCAUGUAAUCGAAGACAUUCACACUGAUGUCCUGAAACAUUUUGACCACAAAAGUUUACGAUACGAACAUGCACAAUUCUUCUCGAAGCUGGUCACCGAGUGGAUAUCUUGUUCGGAAGGCUCCUCUGCCAAUCUCUCUAGCGAAGACAUCAUAGGAGAAUCAUCCUUUCAGACGGUGGGAAGAAGAGAGAUGCAUGAACAACGGGAGCAAUGGGAGUCUAUCGUCUUCGAAAAUUCUGCCAUAGAUACGUCGAGGGUCACCAGCUAUCUUCAUGGGCUGUUCAAUUCCAACAAAGUGGUGUCUAAUGCCUUCAAAGGGUUUGAAAGUGCUACGCGAGAGAAAGCCGACGUAUUCUGGCGCAGCACUAGACUCUUUGACCCAGAAACCCUCAAACGAGACAUUGAAGGCCUGCUUAGGACAGAUUUGCUGUCAGAAGAGAAAGCUGCCACUCUCAAAUCCUUCCAAAGCAACAAGGACGUUCUUCAAGAGGUCAGCGAUGUUCUGACAAUGCGGAUGGAAUCACUCGACAUGUGGCAAUGGACUACAGUUGAAGGUGCGAUUCCCGUACAACAGCGCCGGCAACUCAAUGGCAAAUACCGAGUUUUCAUGGACGAGGAUAUCCUGGACGCCCUCUUGCUUCAUAUCAUUGGAAUGAAAUGGGCAGUGUAUUUUCGGCACCAGUUCGUCGCAUUCUUUCGGUCCCAUGCCUGGAAAACAACUGGACUUACAAUACCUAAAGCCGACCAGGAUCGUCGGAACUUCUACCUUGGCAAGGACUCUUCCGGCUCUGCUACUAUAGCAGCUAUUAGGCUUCAACAGUAUGCAGAUGAUUAUUUCGCUACUCAACUGCCCAUGAAUGAACACGAAGGCACAAGAGGCUAUGGAGACGAGGACGACGAAGAAAAUAGUUCAUCACGCAAGAGCCCUAUGGAGAUUAAACAAAGUCUUCUUCAUCUAGUGAUUACCGAGGCUGUUGUCGCACGCCACCUUCAUCCUGGUAAAUCUCAUGCUGUCAUACGAUCAGACUUUCACUGGUUUGGUCCAUCACUUCCCCAUGAUACAAUCUUCACCGUUCUGGAGUAUUUCGGAAUGUCGGACAAGUGGCUGAAAUUCUUCAGAAAAUUCCUUCAGGCACCAACGCGCUUCGUUCAGGACGGCUUGCAAGGCGAGGUAAAGGUCCGUCGGGCAGGUGUUCCUAUGUCACAUGUUCUCAGCGACGUUUUCGGAGAACUUAUUCUCUUCGUGAUGGAUUUUGCGGUGAACCAAGCUACGAAGGGUGGCAACCUUUAUCGGCUGCACGAUGACUUCUGGUUCUGGGGAAGCGAAGAUCUCUGCGUCCGUGGAUGGGAAACAAUGACCGAGUUUGCUUCGAUAAUGGGUGUCAAGUUCAAUGAUGAUAAAACAGGCUCCGUCGUCUUCCCUCAUGACCAAGCCGAGCUAGGUUCGGAUUACUUAUCAUCAGACGAGGACGAGAUUCGGUCAGCCGACAAGGUCCAACGUCUGCCAGCUGGUGAAGUGAGAUGGGGCUUCCUGCGUCUUGAUGGAAAAUCGGCCCGAUUUGUGAUCGAUCAAGACUUGGUGAGCGAUCAUAUCACUGAACUCAAGCUACAGUUGGCGCAUUGUAAAUCAAUAUUUUCGUGGGUCCAAGCGUAUAAUGCAUACCUAGCUCGAUUCUUCAACAACAACUUCGGCAAGCCUUCCUACGCUUUUGGCCGGCAGCACGUUGACGAUAUGAUUGACACAUUUGCAAGGGUUCAGGCAUCACUCUUUCCUGAGGAGAAUGUGUCUCACUAUCUCUCUCGAAUUGCGCAAGAGCGGUUCAAAACUGGGGACAUUCCAGACGGGGUAUGGUACUGGCCUGCACGUAUGGGCGGCCUCGAGCUUCGCAACCCGAUGGUACGGCUAUAUGGCAUGAGGGAAACGCUUCGCAGAACUCCUGGAAAGAUAAUGGCGACGAGCCUUGAAGAAGAAGAGCUCCUCUACGAAACCACAAAGGCUCAGUUCGAGCAGAAAACUAGCUUGGAACUCCGUCAUGCCUGUAUGGCAGCAGGUCUCAAUCCGGCUACGUUGGAUGAACACUUCAUGACAAAGGCAGAAUUCCUUAAGUAUCGAGAAGAAUGCUCGAAGCCUCUCGGUGACGCCUAUAAGACUCUGCUGUCCAGUCCGGAACAGUUCGAGAUUCAGGCAACAGCAGAGAUGAUUUCGUGGUUGCGUGAUCUUCCCAUCUCCUCUCGAAGCUCGAAGGCAACUUCAGGCAUUACAAGGUACUUUGGCAAGAUGGACCCUUACUGGAAAUGGGUGCUUGCAGUCUAUGGCUCUGAUAUUGUCAAGAAAUAUGGCAGUCUGCAAAUCGUGAACGAGAAACAGGUUCCUCUUGGAGUCGUCAGUCUCAUGCAGUCGGGCAAGGUGCGAUGGCAAGGCUGAAACUGGAGUCGGCAUGUAUUCCACAAGUGGAAAUUGAGUAGACAG